AUGUUAACACAUUUGUCAUCUGGCCUAACCAACGCUUUCGAGAUCACAUCAACGACCACCAAAUUGACAUUAAUUCCCAUGAAGACCAAUCUUGAUGAUGCUAUGCACUUCCUAGAUGUUCUCAUCAUGAAGACACUAUGCUACCCAUCUCAUCAAGUCUACCAGAAACCCUCUCACACUGACUGCUACAUCAACUUCCACUCUCAUCAUCAUACCUCCAUUUUUCAGUCAAUCCCAAACACCCUCAUCAGAUCCCCUUAUCAACUAAAUGACCAGGGUCAUCUCCAUCAGGAACUCAACUUUGUGACCAACACUGUCACUACCAUCAACCAAUACCCAGGGAGGAAGAUCAUCACCAGACCUAAUAGUGUCAUCAACAACCAUCCAGUGACUCUAAUAUCCCUACCAACCAUCAAGCCUCUACCAUCCCUCCUGUUACCAUAG